GCGCUAUUUCGUGGACCUGAACAGCAUGAAGGAGCAUUUCAGAUCCAAGGUGCACAAGAAGAGGCUGAAGCAGCUGCGAGAGGCUCCGUACACGCAGGAGGAGGCUGAGCGUGCUGCCGGCAUGGGCUCCUACGUGCCCCCAAAGAAGGUGGAGGUGCAGACCCAGCCCCUGGAGGAGGUCACGGAGAUGGAGACGUCGGGCUGAGCGCAGGGACAGGGGCUGAGAGGCUCAGUGGCUCUGUAAGGGCGCCUUUGUCUCAGCUCUGUGACAAAACCGUGUCCCAGCUCUGCCAGCCAAAUCCACCCUGCUCCUCCCACAGCCCCCCUGGCCCGGGCACUGACAGGAGCAGGAGCCAGCAGGACCCUGGGUGCCCUCCCUGAGUGUCCUCCUCCUCAAAGGGACACAUUCAUUGUUCUCUGAGUGUGCUGGGACUGCACGCUCGUCUGCCUGCCUUUGGAGCAGUUCUGCUCUGUCCUUGGCUCAGAGGUUGUUCCAGUGAUGCACCCAUUAAAAUACGUCAGCUGA